AUGGCAAAGUACAUAGCCCAAAUCAUCGUGCUUGGCGGCCAAAUCAUUGGAAAGGCUUUCACGCGAGCUCUGAAACAGGAGAUAGCAGCAUCCCAAGAAGCGGCAAAACGUGCUGGUGGUGGACAAAGGGGACAAGAUCGUGCUGCGGCCAACCUAAGGACUGGCAUGACUCUUGAGGAGGCACAGCAAAUUCUCAACGUUACAAAACUCGACGCAGAAGAGGUGAACAAAAACUACGAACACUUGUUUAACGUAAACGAUAAAUCCAAGGGUGGAUCGUUCUAUCUACAAUCUAAAGUUUUCCGCGCUAAGGAACGAAUAGAUCAGGAACUGAAGGAGGCAAAGCCACCGGAAGGUGAAAAGACGGACACCGGUACGGGGAAACCCGAAACGGCACAGUGA